ACUAGGCGGCAAUAAAUUAUAACGUAAUAUUAUGUUUUUUUUUCAUUGAAGUAAAUCAUGCCUCUAAACUAAAAGUAGGCUAUAGCUUAUAUUCAAUCGCUGUCAUUGGUCAGUCACCAAGUACAAGAACGAUUGAGUCAGCAUUGGGCACACAUCCUAUUGAUCACAUGAGAACGUAAAAUAUUGUAGGAAGCCUGUACGAUUUUAUUGAAAGACAGAAGGCAAUAUUUAAAGCAAGAACCAACGCAUGUAACAACAACCAUAUUUUUGACGUAAAUGUUAAGUAACUUUAACGCGGAAUACAUUACAUAACAUAAACAACUUGUAAAUUGUUUUACACAUUGUCAGUUAUAGCUGUUCGCAUAAUAAAUAUUCCCUCCCUACAAUUGCUCAACACCCUCCGUGUCAACUUUCCAACGAUGUGCAGGAAAUUGCAACAUGGAUCUCCUUGACUAAAUUAUUUUUGUCCCGAAGAAAAAACUGCUAUGGGGAGAAGCUAAUUUAGUGAGCGUAUUUAUUCAUCUGUAUUUAUUUUUGGAGGAGAGGAAACUAAUAUGAACUUGAAUAAACGUAAAGAGAAGUAGGCCUAACGGACAUGGGUUGGCUCCAGAACUUUCUCCUCCUCUCAGCCCUCAGCCUCAUCAGCAGCUCCACAGCAGCAGGUGAGGGCUGUAAGGAGUAUGGCCUGCAGUUUGAGCGGUCAUUCUCAGUCGUAGGGGAGGCUGCCAUGUUGAACUGCACCCUGGUAGCCCCUGAGGUGUUUGACUUUUGGAAUGUCUCCUACAACAUCCACUGGUACAGCGAGGACACACUGGAGCUGGGACAGGAUACAGAACAAACUCUUGUGAGGGGCACCGCUCUGUGGUUCCUCAAUGCUUCGCUGCAGGACACGGGCACAUACUUGUGUGUUGUGAGAACUCCAACCCAGUGUUUCUCUCUCACCACCUCACUGAUCGUGAACCAAACCAACUCACACUGUGACCGUCCAUAUAAAUUCCCUCUGACCCUCACCAACUUGGUCAAUGACAAACUGGUCUGUCCACUGAAGGACCAGUUAAAUGAAAUAGGACAUUUCUACUCCAUCCAGUGGUACAAGGCGAGCUCUGAGGGCUGUGAGCUAAUUGAAAACAAAGACAAGUAUACCUACAUUCGUGGGGGCCAGGAUCUGAUGCUGGCAAGGGUCCAACCCGAGGACAGAGGCUUCUACACCUGCACUGUCACCUUUGACCUUGGUGGGGUGCGCAGAAGCAUGUCAGCCACCAUCGAUUGUGGGGUGAAAGAGGAAUACGUCCUACUUCCUCGAAUAGUGGAGCCUGUUAAUGAGGUGGUCAAGGCAGAGUUAGGCUCGUCCUUCAGCAAGGUGUGUUAUGUGUUUGUGCCGUGUGUGGGGAAACAUUCUGUGGAUGUGUAUUGGCUAGACAAGGUUGCUGACGAAUACUUCGACAAUAACGCCACCAACAGAGUCUACCACCAAAAACAGCCGGACCAGAGACAGGUUGAUGGGGAAAAAGGUGUGUGGCUGAAUCACUUCCUGACAUUCUCUGAAGUGAAGCAGGAAGACUUCUAUGUCAACUACUCAUGUGAAGUCUACAGUUACCGUGGUAGUGUGGAGGCACAGUUCACACUCCUACCCGCAGAUCCCAACCUGAUGCUUCCUGUCGGCCUGCUGUUAGGCUGCCUGGCUCUAAACUUCACUGCUGCUGUGGUCUUCUACUAUCUGUUCAAGAUCAACAUCGUGCUCUGCUUCCGAGGAGUCUUCCCUUUCCUUUACAAAAGCACAGACGCUGAUGGGAAGCUGUACGACGCCUAUGUGGCGUAUCCUCGGCUGUUUGGACACAGAGCCAACAAGGAGUUGGAGGGGUUUGCCCUCCACACGAUGCCCCAGGUGCUGGAGGGAAAGUGUGGCUACAAACUCUUCAUACCGGGGCGAGACAACCUACCGGGGGAGGCUGUGGUAGACGUGAUGGAGGAGAGGAUACGGGCCAGCCGGCGUCUCCUGCUUCUCUAUUCCGCCUCCUCAUUCAGCAGCAGUGAUGUCAGCGCUGUCUCUGAGGCGUGGCAGCAUUGGUACGAGCGAGAGACGGCCAUGCACCACGCCCUGCUGGAGGGUAGUCUGCGUGUGGUGCUGCUGGAGCUGGAGGAGCUCCACCCUGCCCAACUGGCCGUCCUCCCACCCUCGCUACGCCAGCUACGGAAGAAGCAGGGCGUCGUGCGUGUCCGUAAGAACCACACGGCCCGCAAAACCACCAGGAGGCCGGGGGGGUGGAGUCUGGCAAGUGGGGAGGAGGAGAGGCAGGAGGGGGUGCAAGGCCUGGCAACACCCACUCUGUGUCCGUCAUCACGGUUUUGGAAGGAGCUGAGGUAUCACAUGCCAGUCAGGGGCAAGAGGACGCCAUGUUCUGAAAGAAAAACACUGGGGAACGUGUAAAUCUCUGUAAAAGACUGUAAUGUAAAAA